GCUUCUUCCCCUCCUCUUACAGAACUGCAUCUAGGGCUAGAGAGAGAGAGAGAGAGAGAGCCAUGACCACCCGUUUGAGGAAGAACAGGAAGAAGAGAGGUCAUGUCAGUGCUGGUCAUGGUAGGAUCGGUAAGCACAGAAAGCAUCCAGGAGGUCGCGGUAACGCCGGAGGUAUGCACCACCAUCGGAUUCUCUUCGACAAGUACCAUCCUGGGUACUUCGGUAAGGUCGGAAUGAGGUAUUUCCACAAGCUCCGUAACAAGUUUUACGCACCCAUCAUCAACAUCGACAAGCUCUGGUCUCUCGUACCUAAUGAAGUCAAGGAGCAAGCCACCGCCGACAAGGUUCCAGUGAUUGAUGUUACGCAAUUUGGAUUCUUUAAGGUUCUUGGAAAGGGAGUUUUGCCGGAUAAUCGACCUGUUGUUAUCAAAGCUAAGCUCAUUUCGAAAACAGCUGAGAAGAAGAUUAAGGAAGCUGGCGGCGCUGUUAUCCUUACUGCUUAGGUCUGAUUUUCGUUUAUUUAUCAGAUUAUAGACAUUUGUUUCUCAAUCUUUAUCUUUAUUACACCUUGACUGUCAGUUGUUUAUCGGAUCUUAUCAUAUGUUGGAUUAUAUCAUGCAAAAUUUCUUCAAUUUUAUGGCUUUGUUUUUGUGAA